CAUUCCAGCUUUUUUAAAAUAUAGAUACGAGAACAAAGAAAAAUGUAUAAUAGGAGUAAAUUAGAGGCAAAGUGGGCUGCGCACCAAGCAAGCUGCUAGAGAUCCGGGAGCAGGCGGAUGAAGGCUAGUACCAUAACUAGAAAAUGCCCAUAUUCAAAUUGACAACGCAGGCUUACUGCAAAAUGAUGCUUCAUGGGGCAAAAUACCCAUACUGUACAGUCAAUGGGAUAUUGGUGGCAGAAAAGCAAAAGCAUAGAGAUUCACAGCAAGAAAUCCUUUUUGUGGACUGUAUCCCUCUUUUUCAUGGCAUUGUAGCACUGGCACCAAUGCUCGAGGUGGCAUUAACGUUGAUUGAUUCCUGGUGCAAAGAAAAUGGUUAUGUCAUAGCUGGAUAUUAUCAAGCCACUGAACGCUUGAAAGAUGCAAGCCCAAACCAGGUAGCUGAGAAAAUUGCAUCUCGGAUUGCAGAAGGCUUUGGUGACGCUGCUCUCAUAAUGAUGGACAACACUACGUUUUCUGUUGACUGUAUACAUCCUUCAAUUCAUGUGUAUGAGCAUCACGAUAACCGAUGGAAAAUCAGACCCCUGCAUGAAGAUUUUUGGGAAGACUGGGGUGAAGCUCAAAGGAUUUCUGCUUCUCUUAUGGACAGCAGGUCCUAUGAGACCCUUGUGGAUUUCGAUAACCAUCUUGAUGAUCUGCGUAAUGACUGGGCAAAUCCAGAUAUCAACAAAUCCAUCCUCCAUCUAUGCUAAGAAUGAAGUGAUCUCUGGCUUGGUUCAUGCUAUGCAAGAACACCUCUGAAUGUAAAAACUGUUGAGAAUUUCUAACGGGACGUGACGAGGCAGCUAAAGAUGGAAAUAUGAUGCAUUAUAAAGAAGGCCACGGAGCCUCUUUGAGGUGUUUGGUUGUUGUUAUUAGUAAGAAACUAAGGCAAGAAGCAUUUUGAUGUCUAUUUGCAGCACAGAGAACAGUAAAAUACCCAGGCGACUCCACACUGGUUGACCAUUCAGUUAAUGUUUUGUCUUCUGUUAUCUAUGAUGUCAAGAAGAAUUUCUAAGGAUAUUAUCAGUUUUCUCAAAAUGCAUCAAACGUCUUAACACUGACUAAAUAAUUAUUGAAAUACUGUUGAAUUGUAGUUUUACUUUUCAUGUAAUUAUAUAGGUUAAAUAUUCACAUUGACCAUGCUUAGACCAAUAUGGCCCAGAGAGAGGUUUAAAACUUUUUUAUAUCACUACAUAAUGAAAAACUUUGAUUGCAUUGUGAUGAACACAAAAUGGCUAAACUUGUUAAGAUGAUAUGUUUUUAUUGAAAUAGGGUAUUAAAUAUUGCAAAUGCCUUUUUUCCCAGUACAAUUUAACAGAAUUCUAUUUUGUGUAAGUUCUGUUCAAGUACAUUUGCUGCUUUGUUUAAAGUGUCCCCAAGAAAGUUUGUGUUAUCCUUACUAUUGUUUACCUCUUGUGAUGUUUAUAUCUUUUGUAUGAUCAAUUGCUGUUAAAAAAUUAUUAUAA